AACUAUGACAAAGGAUGAGGAAAUGGUUGGAUACUACGUAAAUGGAGUCCAAGUAUUUACCAGUGAUAUUGAAGAAGAAAUGGAAGGUCCAAUGAAUGAAACCAUGGAAGAGUUUGUUAUGUCUGCAACUGGUGACGUAAUCCUUUAUUCAGUACAUCUGCAAAACACAAGCUGUUUUGAGACGGAAACAUACAAGAAUGCCCAAACACUGAAGAAAACUGGCUGUGAGACAUCAGAUAAAAGUAUUAGACUAUCAUGUCAGGGGGACGAUGUUCUAGUUGUUGAUACUGUCGAAGUGGGACAAAGCAACAACAGCAAUGGUAUCAAUUAUUUGUGUGGGUUUGAAUUCAACUCCGUGUGCAAUAUCCAGGAAGUGAAGAAUGACAAUGUGAUCAAGGACAUGUGUGAUAAGCAAAAUGAGUGCAUAGUACACUACGACGAUUACUCUGUUCUUAGGCAGAAUACAUGUGAUGAGGACCAUAAUGUAACGGCAGUGAUAACCUACCGCUGCAUAAGAAAGGGAAAUAUGAAUCCUCUCAACAUAACGUCAAAAUUGGCGCCUGUAGUGACUGACGUAUAUCAAUAUGAGACAUGUACAAACAUUUCACCCACCAGCUUAACAUUUCAUAUGGGAGCUUAUUUUCGAAUUGAUGAACUCAUAAUCAACUUUAAUGCCACAACUACAGCAGCGCCUUAUCAGUUCAAUAUCACUGUUCACGACAGUGCGGACCAGCACAGUCUAUGCAUCGGAGAUGCUCAAAUAAAGCACUCAAUUCCUGCUUUAUACAAGUGUCAAUAUUUAGAAUUUGGGGACCAGGUUGAGAUACAAUCAAUACAAUCAGAUGUUUACACAGAUUGGAAGAUUUGUAAUGUGGAGAUCUAUGCAACACCAGCGUGUCGUCCAAUAUCAGAAAUAGAACAUGGUAUUAUUCUAAAUUCAACUUCAUGGAUAACCAGCUUCACAUGUGACGAAAGAUUUGGAAACACAACUUCAGAAAUACAUUGCAUUAACCACACGUGGUCUCAGACACCAUCAUGCACCCUUGUAAACUGCAAAGAACCCCCAACUAUGGAACAUGGAAGCCGGAAUUAUACAUCUACUCGUGUUGAAUCCCUAGCUGACUAUACCUGCGAUGAUGGCUUCCAAAUACCAAACAUAACAUCCCUGCAGUGUUCAUCAAAUGAUUCCUGGGUGCCAUACGGGAAUUAUUCUAAUGUCACAUUUAUCUUUUGGACGAACCACCAACCAGUGUGUCAUCCCACCCCAACAACCAUUGGAACCAACCCAACAACUGAAACCAUCGGAACCAUUCCUUCAACCACUGAAACCAUCCCUACAAGUGUUGACACUCCUACUUCGUAUCCAAACCAAACGAUUCAACCUGAGUUUCAGUCAUCGCCAAACACAACUAUGCCCAAGACUACGCCUCUAAUGAUUGUAUUUAAAGACAUAGCAGAGGAAGCUGAAAAAGCUGAUGAAUAUGUUUACAUUAAGAAAAUCGAGUAUGAGCCAAGUGAAGCGAAAUAUGCAGCUGCUAUAGCAAUCCCUGUAUGUGUCCCACCUAUUAUAUUUAUAUCAAUGAUCAUUAUUCUAGACCUCCCAAAGCUUAUAAUGGAUAUCAGACAGGCUUACAACUUGGUUGUAUAUGGCACAAAAAAGAAACCAAAGAUUGGACCGAAAGCGCCCAUAUUGAAGCCGAAUAAAUCUUAAAACACAAGGCUUUAAUUGAGAGUACAGUAAAGUGCAGUGUAUUGCAGUGCAGUUACAGUGCAGUACAAUUACAGUGCAGUGCAGUAAGCUUACAUUUAUAUUGUAUUAAUAAAACAUAUUUUUAUUCAGAAAAUGUGCAACUUGUUCCUAAACUACUCGGGCC